AUGGGCACCGCCCAAAGUCGACAAAAGAGUUACGCAGAUCAACGAAGAAAACCCUUCGAAUUUCAAGAGGGCGACCACGUGUUCCUAAAAAUCACCCCCACCACCGGGGUAGGAAGGGCUCUUAAGGUACGGAAAUUAAGCCCCUGGUACCUGGGUCCAUUCCAAAUCCUCCGGUGUAUAGGAAAGUCAGCAUACCAGCUCGCCCUACCACCAAAUCUAUCGAGGCUACACAACGUGUUCCAUGUGUCCCAACUCCGAAAAUAUCAGCAUGAUCCAAGCCAUGUGUUACAGCAAGAGGAUGUAAUACUCAAAGACGACCUGACUUUUGAACUACCAGCCAUGAAGAUUGUAGACAGAAGCACGAAGCAACUAAGGAACAAGACGAUACGACUGGUAAAGGUGGCAUGGGGUUGCGGCAACUCAAUGGACUACACAUGGGAAAAAGAGGCAGACAUGAGACAGAAGUUCCCAAACUUGUUUACAGGUAAUGAUCAUGGUGAAGAUUUUCUUUCCUCCUCAACAGUGGGGAAGUUACAAUAA